AUGUCACUGGUUCAUACAAUCACCAGUGCCACUGCCUCUUGUAACAUCCAGACUCCACCAACUCCCAUUACAUCACGACUCACCUCUGGAGCCAAUCAUUGUUGGAUCAAUUGUUCAUUUUACGACAGUUUUCUUGGUUUCUGCUCAUCUCGAAAUCAGAUUCAAUAUUCAUCUCAACCUAGAAUCGAUUGUUUGUCUAUUGUAUCCAGGAUUGAUCAUUCUUUGCAAGUUUGUUUCUGUCUUGUUCCUCUCAAACCAAUUAUUGCAACACUAUCACUAAUAUAA